GAAGCGUGGAAGAGAAGUCAAGCGGAAGACAUGAGACGCUACACUGUAAACUCGAGCUGAAGAAGAAAACUCUUCCGGAGUCCGGAGCGGAUUGUCAGCCAUGGCUUGGACACCGAGGGUCUCGGCGAGGGAGAGGAUGUUGUGCACGGUGUUAAUGGCGCUCUGGGCUUCUUUAAUCUCCGCUUUUAACCCGAGUCAGGACAGCGAGCUGACUUUCCUCCUGCCUGCCGGAGCCUCCGAGUGUUUCUUCCAGACUGCGCAGAAGAACGGGACACUGGAGGUCGAGUACCAGGUGAUUGCUGGAGCAGGUAUGGAUGUAGACUUCUCCAUCAUCUCUCCUCAUGGUAACCACCUGGCCUCAGAGUUUCGCCGCUCAGACGGAGUUCACAUGGUAGAUCCCACUGAAGAAGGAGACUACCAGAUCUGCUUUGACAACAGUUUUAGCCGCUUCUCUGAAAAGAUGGUGUUCUUUGAGGUCAUUCUGGAGAACCCAGCUACCGAUGCAACAGUUGAUGAAGAGUGGGCGAGGCUAGGAGAUCCCGAGAACCUACUAGAGUAUAAGCUGGAGGACAUCCGGGAGUCCAUCGAGUCAGUGCACCGUCACCUGGAGCGAAGUCGGCAGAUGCAGACAGUCCUGAGGGCGUUUGAGGCUCGAGACCGUAACCUACUGGAGGACAACCAGUGGCGAGUCUCUUUCUGGUCCUGUACCUCUCUGGUGGUUAUGCUCACUGUGGCCUUCACUCAGGUUUACACAGUGCGCCGCCUCUUCGAUGACAAGAGGAAGGUCAGAUCCUGAGAACACGCCAUCUCACGCAAUCAGUAUGCUUCGUGGAACUGUGUGACAGGUUCGGCACUGGAAAUGACUCGGAGGUAUAAAUUUAGGGAUAAAAGUGCCUUACUCAAGGAUGUGGUGGCAGCUGCAGGAUCAAAAAAUGGAGUCUUUAUUCAUUGUCUUGGAUUGCUGAGAAGAACUCCUGAGAAGCACCCAUUUUUCUGUCUUUAUUGUGAAUAACAUGACAGCUGCGAUUACCGAGAUUCAAAUCAAAGCAGUGAUGUUAUUCAUGAUAAAACACCACCUCAAAUGUUCAUCCGCCUUUUAUACAACCCUUUUUCAAAGUAAAAAAAAUGCUUUUAUCAUCAACAUUUUUUGUGCUGAUAAAAAACAAUAAAUUGUAACAAUAAUGAAAUGGAAACCAAUGUGAUUAGUUAUAAGCUAACAGAUGGAUAAUUAUCAUAACUGUCCUUUUGUCACACUGACGAGUGAAAAGUCAUGCCACAAACACAGCCAUGGGGUCUUAUUCCUUCCAACCUUGCAGAUGUAUAUGUAAUGUGACAUUAGCCAGCUGUAGCGCAAGCAGUUAGCAUGGGUAGCAGAAUCCCAAGGAGGUACAAACAAGCAGGUUGCAUUAAAACUUUUUUUUUUUUUUUUCCAGUUUAACAUGUUGCUAAAACUGAUUGUUGUAGAAAGUGUGGUAUUUUGGGUGAAAAUGUGAUUCAGUAAUGUCUAAACUGAUGAUUUUUUUUACAUAAAAA